GUUUACGUCAUGACGUCACGUUGGAGGUUAGCUAUGAUGGCAGCCGCAGGUUGACAUCAAUUCAAUGCUGACUUGUAAGCUAUUAAAACAAAAGUUAGAGAGGAAAUCCACUGCACAGUAACCAAGGUGAAUUUAAAGAGGUUGAGCUAGCACACGCUUGAAACACACACACACAAGCGUGCGUUUUGGGGAAGGUGGCACUAUGCCCGCAGCUACUGUGGAUCACAGCCAAAGAAUAUGUGAGGUAUGGGCCAACAACCUGGAGGAAGAGCUGAAGAGAAUUAGACAUGUCAUUCGAAAAUACAACUAUAUCGCCAUGGACACCGAGUUUCCGGGCGUAGUAGCCAGACCGAUAGGAGAAUUCCGAAGCAAUGCUGAUUAUCAGUACCAGUUAAUGCGCUGCAAUGUGGAUUUGCUCAAGAUAAUCCAGCUGGGCCUCACCUUUAUGAACGAACAAGGCGAAUAUCCUCCGGGGACAUCGACGUGGCAGUUCAAUUUUAAGUUUAACCUCACAGAGGAUAUGUACGCGCAGGACUCUAUCGAGCUCCUGACAACUGCAGGCAUUCAGUUUAAGAAGCUCGAGGACGACGGCAUCGAGUCGUUGUAUUUUGCUGAGCUGAUGAUGACUUCAGGAGUAGUACUGUGUGACGGAAUUAAGUGGCUGUCAUUUCACAGUGGCUACGACUUUGGAUACCUAAUCAAGGUUCUCUCCAACGCCAAACUGCCUGAGGAAGAGAUUGAUUUUUUUGAGCUUGUUCGCUUGUACUUCCCAGUCAUUUAUGAUGUCAAGUACCUCAUGAAGAGCUGCAAAAUUCUCAAGGGUGGACUGCAGGAAGUAGCUGAGCAGCUGGAGCUCGAUAGGAUCGGACCACAGCAUCAAGCGGGCUCUGACUCUUUACUUACUGGCAUGGCUUUCUUCAAGAUGAGAGAGAUGUUCUUUGAGGAUCAUAUUGACGAUGCAAAGUACUGUGGCCACUUAUAUGGGCUCGGUUCUGGAUCAGCCUACGUCCAGAACGGAACAGGGAACGCUUACGAAGAAGAAGCUAACAAGCAGCAGUCUUGACAGCGCACUCGCACCAUCCUGCCCAGAGGCCAAGCUUGGACAAGCGGAUGAAUAGAAUGGAGAUAAGGGAGGAAUUGUUUCCUCCAGCCAGCUGUUUGUCAUCGAUACUGCUUGUCGUACACAACCGAAAUGAUUGCUAACGGGGGAAAGUACCCCAGUUUGCCUCGCACGUGACGCUGCUGCGCCGGUGUGAGAUUAAUCAAGUACUCCUGCAAAGCAGCGCAGGCAUCUGGUUGGUUCCGUACAAUUGAACAUGCUUGAAAAAAAAAAAAAAGGGAUUUUAGUUUUACUAAAAUAUUCUGUCGAAUUGUUUUUGCACUUUAAAGCUCUAACUUGAUUUUAUAUGGAAAAUACGUAUGUAUCUGACGUCUCUGCUCUUCCUUGCUUUCUCACCGAUCACGUCUGACAUUGGGAACACGCAGCGCUCACAUAAUGUUCUAACGUUUUGCCACACACAGGCUUAAGAUUGACUGCAUCCUUUUAAACUUUUAAGUUAUUGUGCUAGUUAUCUAACAAAAUGCACAGGUCUACGCUCCACCAAUUUACCGGAUUGCCUCAAAAUGGAAAAGGGAGCUCUUUGUGGGUGUGUUCCUACGUGUGCACACAGAUGGUAUAGUUUUGGAAUUGUGUACUUCCUUUGUUUGCUUUAUUGCCAUCUAAACUCCCAAAUGUGAGAAGUCUGUUCUCCAUCUUAAUACAUUUCGAUAUUUAUGUAUCUGAGAAAUGUUUAAGCCUCUAUUGGGUUUUGUAUGCACACAAACGCUGUCCUUUACUGAUUGCAAUCGUACUGUAUGCCCCACAUGGUGUCACACUGAUCUCCAAACCAAAACGUAGGAAAACUCACCUGUAGUUGCUACAUGCAAAGGUAUCUUGCUAGAAUACUCUGUUGUGAGUCCAUCUUCUUUCGUUUUAUUUUAAUGAGGGUUACUGUUGUAGUUUUAGUGUUGUAAUAAAAUUAAAAAACAAAACACCUUUACUCCGUUUUGUUGCAUUAACAUGCAUCCCUUUUGGUUUUGGUGGAGUUCAUGUGUCGCGUUAGCCUUUGAAUGUUCUGUUUGUGUUGCUUUCUUGCUCUAACAUGCUGCAUAGGGGAACUGGAUGGUCCAAAGGUUUUUUUCAACAAAAGCUGUGUUGAAUAGUAAAUAAAUAUUUGUUUUCUGGCAUGCACUGCAUAUAAAAUGUCUUCACUCCCCUGGUCAA